CAGACCUGCAGCCACACCUGAUGUUUCAUGUUCUGGAUGUGUGUGUGUGUGUGUGUGUGUGUGUGUGUGUGCAGGUUAGAGCAGUUGGGUUUCAACGCUCUUCUCCAGCUGAUGAUUGGAGUUCCUCUGGAGAUGGUUCAUGGGAUCCUGAGGAUCAGUCUGCUGUAUAUGGCAGGAGUCGUCGCUGGUUCGCUGACGGUGUCCAUCACGGAUAUGCGAGCUCCAGUGGUGGGCGGGUCCGGCGGGGUCUAUGCACUUUGCUCAGCACAUCUCGCCAAUGUUGUCAUGAACUGGGCUGGUAUGAAGUGUCCAUACAAGUUGCUGCGGAUGAUUCUUGCACUUGUUUGCAUGAGUUCUGAGGUGGGCCGUGCCGUAUGGUUGCGUUUUUCGCCGCCCCUCCCCUCUUCCGGACCGCAGCCCAGUUUCAUGGCUCAUCUGUCGGGCGCAGUGGUGGGCAUCAGCAUGGGGCUGCUGAUCUUGCGGAGCUAUGAGGAAUCUCUGCAUAAACAGUGCUCCUGGUGGGUCCUCAUCUUCUCCUUCAUCACCUUCCUCCUCUUCGCCAUCUUCUGGAACAUUUUCGCUUACGAGCUGCUCGGGGUACAGAUCCCGCCCCCUCCCUGAUGACACGCCCCCUGGUGGGUGCAGAAAGCCACGCCCCCUGUCUGAUACAGGCCCGACCUCAAUCUACUCCGCUCGACCAGCAGUGGAGAAAAGGAUGUAAAAAUACGGAAGGAAGGAUUUCUGCGGCGUGAAAUGAGAAACGCAUACUCACAUUCCAUACAGAAGCAGUGAACAUAAACAGCGUGGUAUUUUUAAUGAACACUCUGAGGCAGCUCAAGGGUCCGGCGAGCUUAUUUGAACAGAAACAUGCACACAAACACACACACACGCAUACACACACGUACAUCAGAUUUGUUUUUCUCUCUUUGUGUGAAUUUCAGCCCAAGGCUCAUUCAUGAUGCCUUUCUGUAUUGUUUUGAUUUGACAGCCUCAUCUAAGCCUGUUAUGCAUUACAGAUACCAUCCGUAGUAGAUGAAACGCCGUCACUUGAACCAGGAAUCUCGCUGACUAAAAACAAAGCCUUACGCUUGAAGACACGGCAAAGUCCUCACUGAGGUAGGGAGUUGAUGUUUGUUGUUGGAUAAUUACGGAUUGUAAAUCUCUUGCUUUACUUUGUUCCUCAGCUGUACACACAUUUGUAGACGCUACAUCCAAGAGGACAGAAACAUUAGCUCUGUCCCAAAUCAUAGUGGGCUGGCGACUUAGGCAGCGUGUUAUACGUGUGCAUUAUGUUGCCUUCUAAGAUAACCUCUUUUUGCCAAAUGUGAACGUAGCAUUAUGUGUCAGAGAAAGUAGCCGCAGAAUGUAUUGCAACAAGCUCCAAAAUGUACACAGUACCAUUCAAACGCUUGGGGUCAGUAAGAUUUUUUUUAAAGGGGACCUAUUAUGCCCCUUUCACAAGAUGUAAUAUAAGUCUCUGGUGUCCCCAGAAUGUGUCUGUGAAGUUUCAGCUCAAAAUACCCCACAG